AUGGUGCAAAAGUACUUUGCUCCCUUACCGGUAGGGUGGGGGCAUAUGACAGAUCACUGGUGGCAAUUUGUCUUGAUUGGCUUGCUGCUUGGCAGUGUAGUCAUUGGAUGUUCAUACCUCCUCUAUUCAGGCAUCACCAAACUGAUCAGAUAUUACAAGUCCCGAGAACACGCAGAUGUGGUGCCCAAAGAUGUCUCCCAACGGCUGGACAGACUGGCAAACCAGCAUCUAUCCUUGUCUAAUGUCCAAUUGACAAGAAAGCCUUUGUCGUUUGGCGUCUAUCUGGGAGCCUUCCAGGCACCCCCAACCCUCGACGAGCGUAGAGUCCUCAGUCAAUGGGACCUGCUCAUUGUGGACCCGUUGCAAUCGGGAGUCGCCGAAGCCAUCUCCGGGGCUGAGCGCAAGCAGGUUCUGGGAAGAGUUGAUCUGGCGUCCUUGUGUUCGUCUUCCGACUCGACCGUGGCUGUCAUCGAGAAGAUCGAGAAUACACUCACGAGCAAAUUCAAUGGCGCCUCCUUCAGCGGCAUCCUCCUCGCCAACACCGAGGAGAGACUCAACCCAACGGUCGUCAAACACCUGGUCGAGGCUGUCCAUGCCACGGGUCUGUCUGUGUUUCUGGAAACCGCCCCUCCGGACUUUCUCGUCGAUCGCAAGAUCCUCCAGACCGAUGCCAUUGCUGGUCUCGUCGUACGAAAUGCCUCCAUCAUGCCCGACGGGGACAAGCGGGAUUAUUUCCAAAUGAUCAAGAUGCAACCAACCAUCAAGGCGUUCGUCUCGGAAGCCUGCAUGCGGGACUUUGUGGUCAUGGCCUGGGAAACCGUCGACGAUCAGGCCCCGUUGUCAAACGCUGUCGUCCAGCGCUCGCUCCAAUGGUGCAACUUUUACAGCGCAAUCACCUGGAUUGGCCGGCAGGCCGCCCUGCAUGAUGCAUCUCUCAACGUCAAGAUGCCCGAGCCGCUUUCCGCCUUCAGCUGGUUGAAAGAGGCUGAGAUCAUGAAGGUCCAUGAUGUCUGGCGUGCCAAUCUGAAUCUUGAGCGUGACCCGGUGGAUGGCGAUGCGUGGAACACCCUGCUACAAUUUUUCCCGUCGCUAGAAGACGUGCUCGCAUCGUCUGAGAGCAAGCCACCGCACAAGGACGCCUCGACGACCUCCGUCCGAGAUCCCCCCGAAUGGGUGGCGCAGGUCAAGUCCCAAGGAAGCCCUCUCUCGAUCUCUAUGGCCGGCGUCGAAUACAAGGAGUUUGGCUGCUUCCCCCUGGGGUCGGAAGCGACCACCUUCGCUUUCGCCGAGAUUCUGCGGUCCCAGCAACGGCUUAAAUCACUCGGCUUGCUUCACCCAGUCCCCUCGGAGAGAAUUCGGAAUUUGGGCGCUCUGCUGCGAAAGUUCCACGACCGGUACGCUGCCGCCCACUGGUCGAACACGCCCAAUCUCGCCGCUACGAUCAAGGAACUCGCCAACUUUGCUUCUCACGAUUCGCUUCGGAUCCAUCUCGGGCUGGACUCAGGGCUGCGCAAGAGUGCUGACGUCCGUUUCUGGGCCGUCUAUCAAAUCGACCCCGAGGGAUUUGAAGUCUUCGCCUCCAAGAACGCCCAGGGCUUGGCAGGUACCGUGCUGCACACCUUCCUAUCGGCAAGAGGAUUUCCCCGUCAUCUUUGCUUUGAGGUCGAGGCAGCCUUGGCCCAGUGGUCCAAGGAUGUGAAUGAAGACAUUGGGCUCCCGCGCCGUCUGGUGCAGGACAUUGACGCUUUGAGUCCCGAGGAGCGUUUGCUACUGUUGCAGCACCUAUCGCUGACGGAUGCGAAGAACGAGCUCUCCGAAGUCAUCUGUAGCUAUAUCCGCAGGCAGCUCGUGGACGCCCCAUCCCUCGCUCAGCUUAAGGAGCUCAACACGGUUGCCUACCUUGAGGGAUCCCUGACGCCGGAAGCCUUGAUCAGCAGCCGUGUAGGCUGGUAUCGCGACCAGGGAUGUCGGUAUCCAGCACCAUCGACAUGUCUCGCUCUUUUCUUGGAAGCCGACGAGGCUUUUACCCAUAUUCUCCGAGACCGCCGCGAGAGUGAUCUGGCCGAAAUCACCCAGGCUCUCUGCCAGCUCGUCCAGAAGAACCAGAUUGACGCUUACGCCGAUAUCAUGACGCUCUCCCUCUUUUCUGCGGCCAGGAAAGGUGCCUUUGACGAGAUCUACAUGGAGGUGACUGAUCGUAACCCCCUGUUCAACAACCAGUCCGACCAAGCCGCUGCGUUUGCCGAAUCAUUCGCUCUCGGAUCCCGCUGCGAAGCCUACUUCGAUGUUCAGCCCAGCGCAUUCGGCAAGUUACUAUCUGAUCGAUUCAGAAAGUACUACAAGGAUCGAGAACUGCCGGACUGGGUUAAUGGCGCUCCGCAAAUGGCCACUUCUUACGCCGGUGCACAGAUCGAUGUAAACCCGGACGACAAGGUCAAACCCAUGCCGGGGUACCAACGGCUCACUUUCCUCAGUGUCUUUGCGGUCCCUGCUCUGAUUGAUAUUCUUCUCCUCACCUUGUACGGCCGCGGCUUGUACCUCUCCGGCCUGAUGCCAAAAGAUCAGAUGCAGAGCGCUUCCAUCGCACUAAUGAUAUCCCUCCUGCUAUCCGGUGCGGUCGGCACCUGGAUCGCUUGCGGUGGAUCUUACUACCUCAUCUCCAUGGCUUUUGCUGCGACGAACAUGUUCGUCUUUAUCAGACUGGUCGCCGGCAUUGCCUUCACGAUCGCCGCUGGUCUGAUCGGUUUCGUCGUCAUCUCUGCCGUCAAGGGUCCAGUACCGGGAAUCAUCUUCUACCUCUAUCUGAUAGCACUGACGAUCUACUUUACGGCCUUUGCCUGUCUUUCCUGCUUCAGCUAUCCGGGCUCCAAGUUCUUGUCGGGACGCAAAUCGAUCUUUGGAUGUGUCCCGAUCCUCUUCUUGUCGCCUCUUAUCACUACUUGGAGUGGACACGAUGCGGUCAUCUAUCUCGUCGUGCUCUACAUCUUCAUCGGUUGCCUCCUGCUUCGCCUGCGGUCUACUGCCUCCAAAUGGGUCACCUGGUACCAUAAGAUCCGGCGAACGGACGACACCGAGAUCCGCAAGUGGUACGUUUCCACAUAUGGCAACAACGACGAGAAGUGCUUCGGCAGUCUGAGCGAUCCCGCCGUGUUGAAACUCUCUCGCGAAGCUCUGCUGCACGAUGUCCUCGCGGAGGUCUCCCGCGGCCUCUUUACUCGGAGCACCAAGGAUCAGCUCGUCCUGGAACUGGCGAGGGACUGGGAGUCGACCAACUUUCUUCUGAACUGGUACUGCCGGUACGCCGAUGUUCCUCGCCCGAUCCCGUUCAGUUCCGGCUGGAAUAUCCAGACCAAGGUUGGUCUCGAUGUGCUCCGCAACUCGCAAAAGGGCCAGCGAUUGCACAAUGCGUUUAUCCAUUGGCGCCAGUCGAGCCGCGAGAUCGGCUGUGGAGUCCUGUACUUUGUGCUGGCGCUCCUCGACAAAUGGGUGGAGUUGCUCACCGGCGGUCCUCUCACCAGUCUCAUUCAGAACGCCAGUAGUGACAACCGCUUCGCGAUUGGUUUUGGCCUAGCAUAUUAUCUGAUAGGCGCUGUCCUCAUCGACACCAAAGCCCAGGAGCUCCAUGAUCUCAUCGGCGGCCAGACUACUUUGCCCGUUGGCACAUCGAAGGAGAUCCGUCCGUCGCAGAAACGUGACGUUCGGUUCAAGAGAAAGGUAUAUUGGCGGACUCUCUUCCGAUAUCUCAUGUGGCAGGUAUGGAGUCUUGCCCUGUCGACCGCGCUGCUCUGGGCAUUCAGAUCGUCCCUGGAAGCUAUGAUCUUGUUCUGCGCCUACGUGCUCGCCUACACCGGCCUAUUGUGGUACCAAUACACCAAGAUCUUCUCGGGCCCUCAGGCGCUCAAGCCGCUGCUCGCGGGUGUCGUCCUUGGGCUGCCCAUCGGCAUCGCCUUGCGGUCGUGCAUGCCCCAAGACUUUGUGUACUCGCAGGUGAUCGGUCUGGGAGCAGCGACCUGGACAGUGGCGAUUCUCACUCUUCUCACCGCGAAGAUUGGGAUGCCGAAGAAGGUCGAUUCGCCAGUGGAUCUGGGCAAGACUUUCCAUGCCUAUACCACCCCGUGGGCGGAUCCGGACUGGUCUCAGCAAGAGCUGCAAACCUUCUUCGAGAGGAUCUCCUUUGUUCCUUCGGACUCGCGGCUCAAAUUACAGCCGCAUGUCCACCCUGGCCUCGAAGUCAAGGCACUCCUGCUUUCGCGUAGGGAGGAGCCGAGAAUCGAAGAGGCAUUCCCGCAUUCGCACGACCUUAUCAAUAUGGCUCUGGAAGCAUGGGAGCGGGGCGAGAUCUCGAUUGAACUUGUCCCCACUGGUGCACUCGGCCCGAGCAUCCACGCUCUGAGCUGCAGUGCAUCGGACCAGUUGAAACUCGCUAUCGCUGUUGGACGGGGCUUGGACCAGCGCAUCGACGUCAGUGGGAACUGCCAGAUCAUCGCCGAAACCCUCCUCCACGCCGUGUCUGAGUCCAUGUUGCGGAUGCCGCACGAGUACGCCGUCCUCUCGGAGUCACUCGUCUCGGCUGGAGUCACCGAGACCAUGGCUCGGCAGCUCCGCGAAGAGGCGAACACACCACUGGUCGUACGGUGGGCGAAGAAGGAGCUCCUGCGUCAGCUAUGCCUUGGUUUUGAGUGCGACACUCACUGGGAAAAACUGCCCAAGACCAUCCGGAACGCCCUGCUGGAUCGUUGUCUCGGAAAGCCGUCGCACUUCUCCCAGAGCGACAGGCAAUGGCUGCAGGAGCACCUGUGCCGUUUUGACACGACCGAUCUGGAUGUCCAUGUCGCCCGCUGUAACCUGGGAGCGGCGACUGCAGUCAGCAUUCUGGAUUACGCGCACUAUGGCACAGGCGAAGCUGCUAUGUCCAAGGACUCUGAGACCCCUCUGUUCAUUCCGUAUAUCUCGAACAAGCUACCUGCAGCACUGUCCUUCAUCAGAUAUCCCCUCCACAACUUUUGGUACUCGCUAGCGGCUGCCAUCAAAUUCAUCAUCAUUGCUUUGGUCGCAGAGACAGAGUUCCAGAGGGAGUUCGACCAUGUGAUGAAGUACCGGCCUGCCAUUAUUCGGGUUCCCUGUGUGUUCCUGCUCAACAUGCUCUGGUCGUAUUCGAAGAUGGUGCAGGAUUUCGGUCUGUCGUUCUUCCUGUUCUAUGGACGAGACAACGUCAAGCGCCUCUGGGAUGAGACCAAGGGGAUGACUAUCAGCAUCAAGAAGAGCCGGUUCAUGGUCCAGGGUCUUGAUGGCACAUUCACUGCGUUCAAGCACCAAGAGGAUGAUGGCGGUUUCAAAGUCUACUACUACGCUGGCGAGCACAAGACUGAACCAGAGGGUACCAAGACGCUCAAGUACGUCAGCACAUACUCCAAAGAGAUGCUUCUGCACAUUCGGCAGGAGUUCAAAGACGGCAAACCGGGCAAUGAAUACCACUACGAUUACCGUGCCCCAUCCAAGAAGAACUUCAAGCUAUCCCGAGGAUCUGAUUAUAGGGCCCCCAUGGGCCGCCGGUGCAUCCGUGGCGACAACCACCUGCAGAGCGUUCAGUACAACCGCAAGGGUCUCAUCGAGGCCGGUUCAUACAUGAAGGAUGGAAACUUGAUCCGCUUCAAAUAUCACUACCGCAAGAACCCUCGCUUCGGUGACGAGCUCCUGCGCGCCGAGUUCGUCCUCUCGCAUAUCACUUGCACCGUGUCUUGGUGUGCGCCUCCGAUCCGGCAUCCUGAGAAGGUUGAUAGAUGGAUCCCGCACUCCAAGGUGACUGAGGCGACUUUCGUCCAGGGCGCCGAUGUCUAUGAAGCUCGCUGGCUGUAUGACCACAAGUUCCACCCGACCAUCUUCACCACGCUCAACGGACAGAAGAUCCAGACGCCUCCCAUGAUCGAACACGACUUCCUGGGGGUUCUGGCCAAGCCCAAGUACACCAGCUUCGUGCAUGACAAUCCCCUCUUCUACUGCGACAGCCUCAGCUCCAACACCAUCACCCGAUUCCUCGGGCUGUCCACCAAGAGAUUCCCAGUAUCAACCUCGCGGGCCCGCUCUCUGGUGUGGAAGGCAUGGAAGGAUCGUGUCGAUUUCGACGGUAUCAUUGUCCGCUGGAUGGAUGAACGACUGCUUCGGAGAGACAAAACGCUUACGCUGUACUGGCGCUGCCGCGACCGCGGCGAUCUCGCCUCGGCGAAGAAGUAUCUGGAUCUGCGCGCGGACACGGUCAUGGCCAGCGCGGAUCUGGACGACAACAUCUCCAGCUGGACUCCCAUGGCGAUCAAAGUCAGCGAUCUCUUGACCUUUGGUCCUGGCGGUGACGCGGUUGUCAACACCCGGUCCAAGGACUUUGGCUCCGACACGGACAAGUCGCUUCACGUUAUGGCUGCUGAUACUGGCACCUGGCCCAACGAGGGAGGUGGUGUGUCCGCCUGUCGUCGUGAUAUGAUCAACUCCCUUCGGACAAUCAAGUGGCAUAUGAUCUGCGAGUCGGCCAACGACUUUGGUAUCCCCAAGCAUCAAACGGAACAGAACAUCCUGUCGUUGAAGAUGAUUCCUCUCUGGGGUAUGGAUUUCCUUACGCCCACGCACGGCCUCUUCCGGAACAAACUCGACUCGGAGGUGGAGAAUGUCACCUCGGCCAACGAUAUGGAUAUCAAGAUGAACUUCAUCCCCAUUCUGACUGCACUGGUCAAGGGUGCCCGUGCCGUGGAGCUGUCCAAGGCCGAUAUCCACCAGGCCACCCGCGCGCUGGUCAACCUCAACACCUACUUCCAGGAGUCGCGCCACUGGACCCAGGUCUGGAACAGUGAUCUUGUCAAGGAGAGCUGGCGCGAGCUCUGGCUCACGCAGGAGAUGUCCAACGCCAUCCCUUCGUCGGAGUGGUUCAAGACUGAGCUCCCUACGCUGGGAAGCCUGGACGUGGCGCUGGAGCUCUGGUACCGCUACCUGUUUAUCUUCUCAAUUCCGAUUCCCGAGAAGAUCCCGAGUGUUUUCCAGGCCUCACAUCACAGUGUGAGUGCGUCGUAUGGCGUGGUCUGCAAGAUCAAGAGGAACUGCACCCUGCAGAUCUGGGACCAUGCCAUCAGUUGGCGUGAGACCAACCUCUGCCUUUCGUCUGCUUUGUGCAAGCUGUCUCCUUUCGUUCGGAAUGCGCUGCUCGGUUUGAUGCGCAUCACCUCCGUCAUUACGCUGCACCACGCCGAUAUCAUCUCCCCGUGCGCCGACUUCUUCAACCCCGGAUGGGAAGUGGAGAUCGGGACGUGCCAGGGCACGAUCGAGCACCGCAACAUCUUCCGUCGCAAGGUCGACCCCGUCGUCAACGGCAUUACAGACAUGCAAAAGUUCGCCCCCGUCAAGGAGAUUAAGUCGGAGCGUCCGACGGUGACCAUGUUGUCGCACGUGUGGUACGCCAAGGAUAUCAAGACCGCGUUACUUGCCGCGGACAUCAUCAUCAACCAGUGGAAGUUCGAUGAGUACCACCUUGAUAUCUACGGUGCCAUCGACAAGGCACCCACCUAUUCCACCGAGUGCCAGGAGAUCAUUGCAUCGAAGGGCCUUCGUGGCCGGGUCACCCUGCGCGGUUCCGCCGACCCGAUGAAGGUGCUCGAGAACACCUGGCUCUUCCUGAACUCGUCCCUGUCCGAGGGUCUGCCGCUGGCUCUGGGUGAAGCGGCGCUGACCGGGGCGCCCGUGGUCUGCACGGACGUCGGUGCGUCGCUCCGCGUGCUGAGCGAUCCCGACGACUUCUCCCGCUUCAGCGCCGUGGUGGCGCCCAACGACGCGCUCGCGCUCGCGCGCGCGCAGAUCACCAUGCUCGGCAUGUUGGGCGAAUGGAGCCAGUACGCGGAGGACACGGGGGCGCCGGCGCCGGUGCUGACCUCGUCGCCGACGGCCGAGGACGUGGCGCGCAUCACGCGCCGCAUGUACGAGAAGAGCGAGCACCGGCGCAAGCUGGGCAUGAUGACGCGCAACAUCGUGCAGAAGUCGUUCAGCGGCGACCGCUACCUGCGCGAGCACGAGCAGAUGCUCUGGAUCGGCAAAUCCGCCAAGGUCAUGGCCAACCGCUACCUGAGCCCCAUGGCCGAGCCCCUCGACAUCGCCACCGCCCUGGAGCAGACCGAGCCCAUCGAGGAGGAAGUCAUCACCAUCCCGCAGAGCGCCGUGCACUCGUGGCGCUCCUCCGCCGCCUCCGGCAUCUCCACCCUCUACGGCUCCACCUCCGGCUACCCCAUGCUCCCGCUCAGCGGGCCCGCCACCCGCCCCGCCUCCAUCCUCUCCAGCCUCAGCAACCUCUCCGGCGCCACAGACAACAACAUCAACAACGACUCCUUCCUUCCGCUCCCCGCCAGCGCCUCGCUCCCCAUCUUCGCCCCGCGCCAGACCCUCUCCUUCGACGCCGCCUCCGGCACCCUCACCCCAACCGGCCGCCGCUCCCCGGCCUUCACCCGCAGCCGCCGCCACUCGAACACCCGCUCCAUCUCCACCGCCGCCCGCGAGCAGCUGCGCGGCCUCCAGCGCGACGCCCACCAUCCCUACCGCAACUCGGACGUCUCGCUCGUCAUGCGCGAGGAGUUCCUGCAGUCGUCGUCCUUUAAGAACCUGGAGACGGGCAAAUAA